AACAGUUAGAAUAUUAGAAUGUAUUAUUUUAUGUUCAAUCUUAAUCCGAAAAGAUAUUAGUAACUAUAAGUGGUAAAUACAUGUAGUGGAGUAAAAAGUACAAUAUUUCCCUGCUCAAAGUAGCCUAAAAUCCUAAAAUUGAAAUAGCCUACUCAAGUACAGUACAAGUAGCUUACCUCAAAUUUGUAGUUAAGUACAGUACUUGAGUAAAUGUACUUAGUUACUUUCCACCACUGUGCAUUUGUGACGGUUAACAGCGAUUUAUUUUCACUUUCGUCAUUUAACGCGGGUAAAGUUUCUAACUAACGGCAGGUAACGUUAAUGUAACGAAAAUACUGCUCCCAAAUGCGAGUAAUUAUACAGGGAGUAAUGUAGCCCAUUUAAAUUAGCUUGUAAAUUAGUUACGAGUAACUUUAGAGUAACAAACCUGACUAAUUUAGACGAUCUAGUAACGUGAUGUAGAGUUUGAAGCAGAGAUACUUAACGGUUAAUGAUUAGCAGAUUACCGGAGUUGUGGGAACUGCACUGCUAUGACAACGACGGCUCGCGCGUCUUAAGGAGAAUGCUGCUCUAUGAUUGGCCAAAAGCUUACAGGGCACAAAGUCCUUCAUGAAGGUAUCACCGAGCAGCUCACAGGUGUCUUCCACUUGCACUGGAGGCAGAAGAUGGAUAACUGACAUACGGAGGUUCAAACAGACUGAGAUACAACAAUCUGCACCACUAACCUUGAAUAAGUAGAGCACUAAGAUGCCCAAAAGCGAUACCUGGCCAGGUGGCAUUGGAUUGGAGACGAUGACCGGCAUGGACAGUGCUGGCAGCUGUGACAGUGUUGUCAGUGCCAACUCUGGCUUUAGUGAUGAUAGUCUGGAGUACUUGUCUGCUGAAGAGAAGGCCUGUCUCAUGUUUUUGGAGGAGACUAUUGAGUCUUUGGAUACUGAGGAGGAUAGCGGACUGUCCAAUGACGAACCUGACCAACUGCCCAACCCUGGCAACCUUGCUACCAUAUUGGCUGACCUGUCAGCCUCAAUGAGCAAAAGCAAGCUCAACAGCUCACAAACACAUGCCUCUGAGGAACCCAUCAAGGAAAAGGUUGACACCAAACACAUGCAGAGCUACUUGGUUCCUACACCUCUUGUUGUGGCAAACAGCUCUUCUGCAUUCAGUGCUAAACCAGGUGUUUCCCCAGACAAGAACAUCUGCUCUAAGCCUCAGCUCACUCCUUCAAGCAACAAAUCUGGUCACCAAUACAACCAGAAACCUCCUCAAGUACCUUUAGAGGUUAAUGUUGUGAUACCUCCUCCCAUCAAACCCAGAGACUACUCAACUAGGACAGCUGAGGGUCCUUUACCUAGAGGGCCUCUGUCCUAUGAAGCACUUGUUCAUCUGCGGAGGAGUGCCUCCACAAAGAAAACCCCUUUAUGUCCCACAGUUGAUCAUACUAUAGAUCUGUCAAGAUCUGACAGAUCACACUCAGAGGCUUCCAAGUCUAAGAUGGGUCCCCCAGUUGUGGCACCCAAACCCAAAAUGAUUCCUGCCAAUAUAUCUGUGAUGACACAAAAUGAAGCAUCUAUAACUUCAGACUCGUCAUACAGCAGCAAGCAUGCAACAGAUCCUAAAGUAGUGAGACUGGAAGCUUUGCAGAAACUGGGCCUCCUGAAAGACCAACAACCAGAAAAUGAGGCAGUGGCGCACCCUAAAUCUCAAUCCUCUUUGGAUCCAACUCCCAACAGAUUUGUAAGAGGUCCAGCUAAUAUUAAUCCAUCAAGAAGCCCAUCUUUUUGUUAUUCUCAAAUGCCCACAGAACCCAAGAACAAGCCUCUGCAGAGCAGUGCCAGUUUCCACCACUACUCCAGACGUGACCAACAGUCUGAGUCUGUAUCAUAUCCCUCCCAACCCAAUGGAUCGAAGGCAGCUGGUCUAGAGCGCUGUACUACCCUGGACAACCACAGAAACGGUGGAUACUGUCCUGAACCACAACACAUCACAGCAGCUGAACCAGUGAAAACCACAACUGCAGCUCAGCCUGUACCCCACAAACCCUCAAACUCUGUCGGAUACACUGUGAUGAUGGUGCCUGGGAUGGGAGCUGAUCGGAAAGAGGCUCUCAGAAAGCUGGGACUGCUCAAAGACUAAAACAAGUAAACAACAGAAGUCUUCCUGCGUAAAUACCGUGCUCAGAAAGAGUUCAAGAGUACCAUCAGCUUAAAGAGAGUUAGAGCAUUAAGCAGUAACUUGGCACUUGGCACUUUGGCAAACCAAUGCAGAAGGAGCGGAUGAAGAAGAAGAAGAGGAGCAAGAAUUUAAAGGGCAAUACAGCACUUUUAUUUCUGGGUGUUAUGUUGGUCUUGCUUGAGGGCAGUUUUUUCCCCCAACUAUUGUUCUGCUGUAGGUUUCAAGAAUAUCUGAAAAUGCACCUUACACACUAGACUCACAGGUCUAGUGCUUCGCUCAUAGAGAUUGAGGACAACCUCUCAGGUUUCGUUGUUAAAACUGGUUGGAAACAAUUAGAGAGUUUUAAAAAACCCUGAAUUGCAAAACCAAUCCAAAGUCUUUAGGGUGGCCCUUCAUAUUGGGGUGGUGACAUGCAGUUCACUACAGAGGAGAAUGGGGGGAGAGCAUAAUUUCCAGUGCGGCUUGUCCUUGACAAAAUGUAAGGGAUGUAGGUUUGUUAGCGGCUGUUCUUAUUGCUGUUCAAGCAACUGCCGUGCAUUUAGAAAUCCCCAGACUUCAGUAGGCGGAGAUCUCCGAUUGUCUGGUAUCACGAGACUACUUUCACACAAACCCCCGAUUCUCUACAUAUUUGAUGAAAAUGGCACACUAAUAUAAUGAUAUCUAAUCACAAUGUCUUAUUGUGUUUGCUGUAACAGAUUUCAGUUAAGUAUGACUUGACAAGACACAACACUACAAAGGUAACCAAAUCAGUCUACCAUUAUAUAUGAACUAUAUUAAGCAAAUUAAAACAUCAAUGUUGUGUUUAAGUAAUAGCUUUACCCCUUCAUCUCCAAAUUAGAUGCAUUAUGGGGUUGCUGAAUGUUUAAGACACAUUUUUGUAUACACUAGAUACUUAUGUUUAUUCUAUAUCUCAUUUCAAUAACAGAAAAAUAUAUAGUAAUAAACCUUGGUGUGCAUAAAAUCACAUUUCAAAAUGAUGAUAAUAUUUUGAAUCACAAGAAAAUCACACAGUGGAUUUCCAUUACUCUUGCUCCUCUUUUUAAUUACAGGUACACUGUAUAUAACACACGUUGUACUUCUACUUAAAGGAAACAUCAACCCAAAUCAACAGGAUUUUUACAUUACUUGUCAAUUUCAUAGCUCACAGAUGUGCCUAUAAGUGGAUUGUUGAGUACAUUUCCUGGAGCAAAGCCUCAAGUCAGAAGAUACAUUUAUGCAGCUCAUGAUGAUUGAAAAACUAAAUUUUGAAAGUGUUUUGAGGUGAUUUCUUUUCAGUGUUUUCCAAACUUUAGCAGCUAUCAGCAGUACAUUAUAUUAAGAUCUGAAUUAUCCACAGAUGACCCAUUUGUUUUUACCAUUUCAUAACUAUUGUUUAGAUGGUCUCAAAAAUAUGUGACAAACUGUGUUCAUGUAACUGCCUUCAGUCAUAAUACUGGGAAUGUUUAUCCAGAAUGAAAAGCAAUGCCCAUGUGAUUAUUUUUACCUACUCUUUACCAUUUCCGUUGAUAUAAUUGAAAAUAAAAAAAGUCUGCAUUUAA